AUGAAACCCCAAACAAAUGAUAAGGCGCUGAAUGAAUAAUUGUUAGAGUAAAAUCUCUAAAAUGAACAACUAAAUAAUUAGCGAGGUAGAAAAGUAAAUUUCAAGCUCCCAGAAGAUAUUUAAGAAGAAGGAGUUAUUAACGAUAUAGAAUCAUUUAAAAUUUCAAAAGUUAAAUUGAUACUUUCAUACAUCUUAUUUGUCGUUUCAGGAGGUAUCUUGUAUCUCUUUACACGUUGGGACAUCAACUUUAAGAUUUUAAUUUAAAUGGUAAAAUGCUCAGCUUAAGAAGCUGAAUACAUGAAGAUAACAUCAAUAGAUAACACAAUUACUUUGGUAAAGACAGAGAAAAGAGUAAUGACGCUAGAUGACUAUCCAUCCAACAAUUUUCUUAUUUUUACCUUUAGACUUUACACUUAUUACUACGAUGAUAGAAUUGAUUGUUUCUUCCCUGUCCAGUUUGCUUUGUCUCUUCUCACAAACAAUUAAAUUCACGAAAAGUAUGGCAGAGGAGUUGAGAGUGAAGAAAAAUUAAGCUAGCUAUUCUAAAUGUAUGGAAAAAAUAAUACUGAAAUUCCAGAUAAAUCAACAAUGAAAAUAUUAAUUGAUGAAGUCCUUUCACCUUUUUACAUUUUCUAAGUUUUUAGUGUCACUCUUUGGAUGAUAGAACCUUACUACUAUUAUGCUUCUGUAAUUCUUGGAACUUCUUUAUUAUCCGCAAUAGUUAGUCUUAUCGAAACAAAAAACAACUACAAAAAGCUCAAGUAAAUGAGUUUCUUUGAAACUCCUGUAUUUGUCUAUAGAGGCAUAUAAGAGUAUAUUUAGCCAGAUGGAGGUCAUUUAAAGAUAGAAAGAGAUAUUAUCAAAGGAAAGCAAGAAAUAAGCUCACUAAAUUUAGUACCUGGUGAUAUCAUAGAAAUUCCUGAUGGUUAAAUUCUUCCAUGUGAUGUGAUUCUCUUGAACGGUUCUUGUGUUAUGAAUGAAUCUAUGCUUACUGGUGAAUCUAUUCCUAUCAUUAAAUCUUCCUUGCCAUUUAACAGCAAUAAAUAUCAUCCUAACGAAGAUGGAAAACAAUCAACACUAUUCGCAGGUACAAAAUGCAUCGAAACAAGAUUUUAUUUGAAAGGUUAGAUUCCUGUCCUUGGGUUAGUUAGCUAAACUAGCUUUAAUACUAUGAAAGGGUAAUUAGUGAGAUCAAUUUUAUAUCCUAAAUAGAAUUCCUUUUCAUUUUAUGUAGACUCUUUAAAGUUUAUUGCUGUGCUUGCCUUAAUAUCAAUUGUUGGUUUUAUAGUUUCUCUCCCUUUUAUGAUCAAAGGCUAUAAUGAAGGAUACCUUGAAUUAAGAGAUUUAAUAUUAAAUAGUUUAGAUUUAGUAACUAUCACAGUUCCUCCUGCUUUGCCUACUUGCUUGUCAAUUGGUAUCUCCUUUGCUAUUUCUAGAUUAAGAAAGCAACAAAUUUUCUGCAUUUCUCCUCCAAAAGUAAAUAUCAGUGGUAAAGUAACAAUAAUGUGCUUUGAUAAAACUGGCACUUUGACUGAAGAGGGUCUUGAUAUGUAUGGUUUAAGACCUAUAUUCUACACUGGUCCCAAUAAAGUUAAAUUUGCUAAGCUUCAAGAUGAAACAAAAAGACUUGGAGAAACAAAAAGAUACAAGUUGAAUGGAGUUGCAGAAUAAAUUAAUCUUUAUGGUGAAAAUAACCCUUAUACUUUAAUUGGAGAUCCUGAGAUUAUAUUAAAGGAGUGCAUGGCAAGUUGUCAUGGCCUAACAAAAAUCAAAGGUGAGUUGAUUGGUGAUCCUUUAGAAGUCAAAAUGUUUGAAGCCACAGAAUGGGUUCUAAUUGAAAAUGAUAUGGAUAAAUAUGAUGAACUCGUUUUGGCUGUAGUUCAACCUCCUUGUGGCACUGUCUUCUAAACAAGUGAUAUCAAUUAAAUUGAAGAAAGUAUCAAAACUAAUCAGCUACCAACUUCUAUUGGUAUCAUUAAAAGAUUUGAAUUUUCUUCUAAACUAUAAAGAAUGAGCACGAUUGUAAGAAAUCUUUAAAAUUAAACUGAUUUCUUUAGACUACACGUCAAAGGUUCACCUGAAAAAAUCUUUGAACUUUGCAAACCAGAAACGAUUCCUUAAAAUUUCCACGAAGUCCUAGAUUUUUAUGCCAGAAAAGGUUUUAGAAUUUUAGCAUUUGGAAUUAAGAUUUUGAAAAUGACAUACAGAAAAAUUCAAAAAGUGGAAAGAGACGAAGUUGAGAAAGAUUUGACAUUUGCUGGAUUAUUAAUUAUGGAGAAUAAAUUAAAGCCCAUCACUACUUAGAUAAUAGAAGAACUUUAGAAUGCUAAUAUUCGUACCAUUAUGGUAACAGGCGAUAAUGCUCUAACUGCUAUCAGCGUAGGAAGAUAAUGCUAAAUUGUAGAUGAAAAUAAAAGAGUAUAUUUUGGUGAUAUUAGCGAUGAUCCUAAAUAAAAAAAUAAGAUUGUUUGGAAAGAUUUUGAACAUGCCGAUAAGAUAUUAAAUGAAGACAAUUUAGAACCUGUAAACGGUAUUUAGCAAUAUUUGGAAGAAGGUAUUUUAGAAAUUCAAGAAGAAAAGCAGAUAUUUGAGUAGGCUUAAAUCUUAGAAGAAAAAGAACGCCAAAAUUCUUCAAUAAAUUAAAAAAUUAAAAGUAAAGAUAGUUUGAAUAAUAAAGUCAGCCAUAAGCAUGGUACUCCCAACAAAAAAUCCUAUAGAGAUAGAGCGAGCAAAGAAAUAUCAUUAAACAACCAAAAUCAAAUAUCAACACAUGAACAGAUCGAAGCAGCUCUUUCUAUUUUCGAUAAUUAACACUAAUUAAGUCAGCAAUCUAGUGUUAAUUUAUCUAAUGAAUAGUUAUCUUAGCAUCUCCCCUCUCAUUCAGAUACUAAAUCAUAAAGCAAUAGCGAAUUUUAAUUUAACAAAAACGAGGAAUAAGAAGCAGAGGCUAUUGCUGCUUUACAGGAUGAUAUUUAAGACUAAUUACCUUGGAAUCACAAUUAAGAAUAGUUCACUUUAGCUAUUACAGGAAGGGCAUUUUCUAAAAUCAUUGAUGAAUCUACAGAAAGCCCUUCAAAGGCUUAAUUGCUAAGAACUAUGUUGCUUAAAACUUAAAUCUUUGCCAGAAUGAGACCAGAAGAAAAGGCAUUAUUAUUACAGUCUCUAUAAGAGUUACCUUGGAAACCAACAUGCGGUAUGUGUGGAGAUGGUGCAAAUGAUUGUGGUGCUCUAAAAACUGCCGAUAUUGGUAUUUCACUUUCAGAAGCUGAAGCUUCUAUUGCAGCUCCUUUCACAUCUAAAGUUCAAGAUAUUUCUUGUGUUAUAGAACUAUUGAAAGAAGGAAGAGCUGCUUUAGUAACUAGUUUUUCAUGCUUUAAAUUCAUGGCUCUUUACUCAAUGAUUUAAUUCUUUACUACAACUUUACUCUACACAGUAAAUUCACUUCCUGGUGAUAUGUAAUUCUUGUAUUGGGAUGUUGUCAUUAUCAUUCCACUUGCUUUCUUGAUGGGUCUUACAGAUGCCUACCCUGUUUUAUCUAAGCAGGUACCUGGAUCAAGUCUUGUUUCUUUCCCAGUACUUUGCUCUGUGAUAGGAUAAACCUUAGUAAAUGGAGGAUUUUAGAUCAUUGUUUUCAUGAUUCUAAGAUCUUAAAAUUGGUAUUAAUCUGUUGUUGAAGCUCAUACCUAUCUAGGAGACUUAGAUGAUGAAGAUGCUCGUAAAAGUUGCUAUGAAUCUACUACUUUAUUUUUAUUCUCUAACUUCUAAUAUAUCUCUACCUGCAUUGCUUUUUCUAUUGGUAAACCUUUCAAGAAAGAAUUUUACACAAAUAGAUUGUUUACUUUUUCACUUAUUUUGAUAACAAGUAUUUCACUAGUUAUCUAGUUAGUUCCUAAUAGCUUUACUCGCAGUUUCUUAGAUGUAUUUGAAAAAGUCUAACUUGAUGAUUAAGAACCUAAAUCUGAAAUGCCUUACUCAUUUUUAUUAGUUUUGUUAGGCAUAUCAUUUGGAAGUGCAAUUGCUAACAUAUUUUUUGAAAAGUAUGUUGUCAAAAAGCUGUCUCUCUACUUCAAAAGAAAGUAGGAUCCAAAGAAAUACUAAAGUCUUAUCAUGCCUAGCUAAGCUUAAAAAAAUUGA